UUAAUUCGGGAUAUGAGGGCUCUCCGCAACAUUUGGUUCUUUUUUCCAGAAAGGAAAGAUGGAAAAGGGGAGGGAUCGCCCGUGAGUCUGACUGACAGUUUACAUAAUGAGCUUGUGAGGAUGCGAGGCAACUAUAUAAACAGCUCGAAGCGAAGCAAGUUUUCCAUUUACUGAGCGCUGUUAGCACCGGUUAAAGGAGGAGCGGUUCCACACUAAGCACUCCCCUCCGCGUCUCUCACCAAACCCACCCGGCUUUGGAGUUUAUAAAGGCGACGACAGCGAUCAGAGGUCGGCGGCUGGCUGCAGGAUUAAUUCCCAGAAGAGGACGGAUCGACACCUGGAUUUUACCUUCCGAUUUCUGCUGGUGCUCGGGGAAUAUUUGGAAGAGCAGGUUGCUCCAGGAGAAUCGCCGUGACGCCUCUCUUUUCUCCCUCGACCGAAGAAGCGCUUGCUUGGUCCAUUUGAGGAAUACAGAAGGAAAACUAAACCCACUAAGAACUGGAAGCUCGAAUAACACAAGGAUGACAGCCUUGCGCAUCUUUGGCUUGACGUUUCUGUUAACGAUUUUGCAGCAGAGGGUGUCCGGCUCCGGCGUCUUCCAGCUGGAGCUACACGAAUUCGUGAAUAGCCACGGGUCUCUGGCCAGCGGGAAGCCCUGCUCCCCCCACUGCAGGACCUUCUUUCGCGUUUGUUUGAAGCAUUUUCAGGCAGUGGUUUCCCCGGGCUCCUGCACUUUCGGCAGCAUCAUCACCCCGGUUCUGGGAAUAAACUCCUUCAGCAUCAAGGAUACGGAGAUAUUUGACAGCCCCAUUAAGCUGCCCUUUAACUUCACGUGGCCGGGAACCUUCUCCCUGAUCAUCCAGGCCUGGCACGCGCCCGACAAUUACCUGCCGGAAG